CAAAUGAAUGCCUAAACCCUAGAAUUUGUUCCAAACUCUCAAACCCCAACAAUAGUUGCCUCUUCCUCACCCUCCCUCUCACUCUCGUGUUUUUUACUUCUUUUCAACCCAGUGUAAACGGGUCUUUAAAAAUUCAAGAGAAAAUAANCCACCAAAAAAAAAAAAAAAUGGAGGUUGAAAAAUUGUGCUACCAUGUUGUUCUUUUGCAGAGUAUGAUUUUCGGCUCGGUUGUUGAUACAUUUAUCAGUGCUCAAAAAUCUCUACUUGUGGUUCUUCUGCUGAGCGGGUCCCUCCUAGGCCAUGUCAGCAUUCUCCCUUCUCCGGGUGAGAGAUUCCCAUUCGGCGAGCUCGAGAAAGCUUCGACACCCGACGAACAACCGGAAGACGGUAGCGACAGUGACAACGAUGACGAAGGCGACGAUGACGAGGAUGAUGCUGACGAGGACGAUGACGAGGACAAUGACGAUGACGAUGACUAUUCCGGAGAAGGGAGUGACGAUGACGGGAUAUCUGACGAGGAGCUCGGUGGGCCCAACCGCCGCCGUGGACGAGGUGGCGAUGACGAGGACGAUGAUGAUGACGAGGAUGACGAUGAUGAUGGUGAUGGCAACGAUGACGAGGAUGACGAUGAUGAUGACGAGGACGAGGAUGACGAUGACGAGGAUAGCCGGCCGUCGAAGAAGAAGAAGUGAAGGGUUUGGCUAGAGUUGUUUGAUGGUUUUCUUAAUUUCCAUUUGAAUUUUAGGUGAGGAUAUGUGAAUUUGGGAUUUUUGCAUUUUAUGGAUAUUUUUGUUAAAUGAAUUUUUAGAUGGUAUGUGUUAUUGGUAUGGACUAUGGAGAAGUAGGUGUGGGGAUAGGAGAAAUGUGAUGUGGCCUCCGUUUGAUGAAUUGGUAAAGGCUUUUGGGAUGGAUGGUUAUUUGAGCUGCUUCGAAUUUAGGUCUUUGUAUUUGUUAAAUCUUUGUCUUUGCUUUAUUGUUUUUUAGUAUGGUCCGUGUUUG